AUGGAUGAAAACCAAACAGAAGUGGUGAAAGAAUUUGGCCUGGCAGGUCUCUCCCAGACACCAACUAUUGAGGCAGGGCUAUUUGUACUAUUUCUAUUCUUCUAUGUGUCCACAUGGACAGGCAAUGUCCUCAUCAUGGUCACAGUGGCCUCUGAUAACUAUCUGAACUCAUCACCCAUGUAUUUCCUUCUUGGCAACUUCUCUUUCCUGGACCUUUGUUAUUCAACAGUAACUACCCCUAAGCUUCUGGCUGACUUUCUUAAUAAUAAAAAGCUCAUUUCCUAUGGCCAAUGCAUUAUGCGACUCUUCUUCCUGCAUUUUGUAGGGGCAGCUGAGAUGUUCCUUCUCACAAUGACAGCCUAUGACCGCUAUGUUGCAAUUUGUUGCCCCCUGCACUAUACCACUAUCAUGAGUCAAGGAUUAUGCUAUGUGUUGGUAGCUGCUUUCUGGAUGGGAGGACUUGUGCACUCUAUUGUCCAGACAAUUCUCACUAUCCGUCUGCCCUUUUGUGGGCCAAAUGAGGUGGACAACUUCUUUUGUGAUGUCCCUGUCAUCAAACUUGCCUGUGCAGACAUAUUUGUCAUUGAAUUACUAAUGGUAUCUAACAGUGGGCUAAUCUCUACCAGCUGCUUUGUGCUGCUGGUUUCUUCCUAUACCACUAUCCUUGUCAAGAUUCGCUUCAAAGAGGGAAGGCAAAAGGCAUUCUCUACCUGUGGCUCUCACCUUACGGUGGUAACACUGUUUUUUGGACCCUGUAUUUUCAUUUAUGCUCGUCCCUUCUCUACUUUUUCUGUGGACAAAAUGGUGUCUGUACUUUACAGUGUCAUUACCCUCAUGCUGAAUCCUCUCAUCUACACACUUCGGAACAAAGAGGUCAAGUCAGCCAUGCAGAAGCUGUGGUGUAAGAAUGGACUUCCCUGGAAAAAGCAGAAGAACUAA